AUGCAAACAUUACUCGUAGUUGUAUUUUUUAUGGCUUCUCCUUCUCUGGCUUGCAACAUUCAAUGGCCGAAUAACACAGAUGUAAAUUUCGUGUGGUGGCAAUGCGACAAUGGACCCGUUAAGCUCUACAACGCAACUCCGUCGGAUGUCAACGGAAACUACGAGUAUCCCAUUCAUCUCGGAAAGCCAUUGGUGGUGACAAUGGAUCUGCUGAAUCCAACCAACGUCUACACGGAUCCCAAUCUUAUCGCCAACGUCAAUCUUUGGUCGUGGGGAACGUCGUUAGGAGGAUGUUCGUGGUCGGCGAUUCCGACAUUGGGCCUUCUAAAAAACCUCAACGCAUGCGAGAAUGGUAUUCCGUGCCCUGUGAAAACUGGACGACAAUUUCUCGCCGCAACAAUCGACUUCACUAAAUUUCAAUCGAUUAUCGACAUGCUGAAGGAUAAUGCGCCCUAUCAGUUGCAGCUAACCCUACACGACAAAAAAUCUGGCGACAACAUGUGUUUAAUGUUUCAAGCGAGGGCGUAUAUUCAUUGA